CUUUACUUCGGACUUUGAAGGCAGGGGGCAACAAGAAUAGAAUAAAAACGUUAUUUAACAAAAUAACGUUAGAUCAAAAGAGAUCAAAACAAUCGAUGAAAUGGACAGUGAGGUAGCAUCAUCAUCGUGCAAUGAUUCAGUUUUUAUUGCAACUGAUGUUGCAACUGAUGUUGCAAAAUGCCAAGAAGGAAACACAUCAACUGAGGAAGUCUCUUUGCUUCGAGAUUUGCAAAAAGCCAUCUUAGAAACAACAGAAGAGAAUACUGCAUAUACAAAGGAAAUGACAACUUUAUUAGCUAAAUUGAAUCUUGAUGUCAAGACAUUACCUAACGACAUAAAAGAAGGUUUGGAAAAAGUAUCUUCGAUCCUGAAAGCUGAAAAACUUUUCGAAUUUGAUGAAACGUCAUUGCAAGUGGUUAGAGAACGAAAAAUCAUAGAAGAAAAAAGGCGGGAGCGAGAAGAGAAACAGAUGUCCGUACAGUAUAAUAAAUUAUUUAGGAAUUGUACACAGUUGCAGACAAAACUUGAUCAUCUUCAAAAUGCGAUCGAUAUUCUCAAGAACUCUACUGAUUUUACAGAGGAGGAUAAGAAUGAUGUGUAUUGCAAUAAGGUUUUCUUGUCUACAAAAUUAAAGGAAUACCAGCAAACCGUGGAGAAAUUGGAAAAAGAUUUAAGUGAUAUGCAAGUUGACGAAUUUUAUUCGAAAAAAAUAUUGAAUAAGUAUAAACUGUACCUGGAGAAGACAAGAAAUUUAGCGGAAUUAAAUCAAUCUCUCGCUCAAUAUGAGGAUUUACCACCAAACUUGCUGCAAGCUAAAUUACUGAUAGAAGGCAAAAGAAAAGAGUAUGAAAAGUUAGAACAGAUAUUUUUAGAAAAGUCUCAGGAGAUUUAAUGGCUUUUCAAAUUUAAACUAUUAAUAUAUUUACUUUUUGUACAAAUGUCAUUAAUUUAUCUUACAAAUAAAAUUUGUAAAGAAGAAAAAGUAGAAAAAUCUAGAACAAAUAUUUUUGGAAAAAUCACAUUGUCAGUAAUAAAUUCGAGUUUUAAUGACAUUUCCAAUUCAACUGAAUAAACUUUAAUAUACUUUUACAAUACUCUUUGUACAUAUGUCAUUAAUUUAGCUUAAAAAUAAAAGAUCAUUUAUAUGUGCAUAUAUCUAAAAAAAAA